UGGUCAAAUAAAAUUUAAGAAGAAGAAAGCGUCAAAAAGGAAAACCAGGAAAGAACGGAGAGAGGGAUUUCAGAAAUCUAGCCGGAGACGGCGAAUAAUUUGGCCAAGAUGAACUGAAGAAUUAACCUUUAGACCAAACCCUUACUUUGCUCUCUUCAGAACAAGAGGUACAUGCUUCAUUUUAUGUGACCUUUAGCACAUGAUUUCUCAUACUUGUAUGGAAUUGUCAAGCAAAGUUUCUUUCUAUGAUUCUGGUGCUGGAUGUGAAACAUAUUGACGGAGUAUUCUUCUGAAGAUUAUGUUCAGAUGGAGAUAUCAGUAUUGAAAGCGCUUAUUAAGAAUAUCUCUUCCUUCUUUCACUUAUCAUCCCGGGAUAACUUAAGUUAUGAACCAGCUCGAAAAUACUACCAAAGAAUUGAGGAGAUACUGAAGCUAUUGAAGUCUGUUAUUGAUGCUAUUUUUGAUACAAACAUAAAUCCUGAAGAGCCGAUUCAGGAGGCAUGUGUAAAAUUGGGACAAUAUAUUGAUGAGCUAAGAGAACUAUUGGAGAACUGGCACCCUCUGAUGAGUAAAGUUUACUUUGCUCUGCAAGUUGAAGCAUUGUUUUCCAAGACUCAGACUAUUAUUGUUGAUAUUUUCAAUAUGCUAAAAUCUUCUGGUUGUCUCCCACUUGAACUGAGUGCGUCAUCUCUUGAGAUUUCUGUACAGAAAGUUAAGCAUAUAAGCUGGGAACAAGCAUCUUCAGUUAUUAAUAGAGCAAUUGCAGAACAAGAGGAUGGCUUAGGGCCCACCUCAGAAAUUCUUGCCAAAUUUUCAGAUUCUCUGAGCUUGAAGUCAAACCAGGAAAUAUUGAUUGAAGCUGUUGCUCUUGAAAAGUUGAAAGAGAAUGCCGAACAAGUUGAAAAGACUAAUGAAGCUGAGUUCAUUGAUCAAUUGAUCACCCUUAUUACUCACAUGCAUGAAAGUCUCAUUACAAUGAAACAAGAUCAGAGCUUGAAUCCUGUUCCAAUACCAGCUGAUUUCUGCUGCCCUCUUUCACUUGAGCUGAUGACUGAUCCUGUUAUAGUGGCUUCAGGUCAAACCUAUGAGCGUGCUUAUAUACGGAAAUGGAAUGAUCUUGGACUUACUAUCUGCCCUAAAACGAGGCAGACCCUUGCUCAUUCCAAUCUAAUUCCUAAUUACACAGUUAAGGCACUAAUUGCAAACUGGUGUGAAAUGCACAAUGUGAAGCUUCCAGAUCCCAUGAAGGCCUUAAACUCGAGCCCGUCUAUGUUCGGUUUAAAUAUCAACCACCACUUAUCGCCAGAACGAACUCGAUCUACAGGCUCUCCUCAAAAUGGUAUCGUGAGCCACUCAGAAGGAGCGUCUCCAUCACACCCUCCAUCAUCCUUAGAGGGUUCUUUCUCUGGAAAUAGUCACACACUGGAUGUUGGGAGACUGUCAUUGAAGGAUAAUGAAGAUGGACUUGAAAGUUCUGGACAAAGAGGUUUGGAGUCCCGUGGCCAACUAUCCGGUGCUAGUGGAGAAGAUGAAUCGUCAUCUGAUGGUCAUAACCGUAGUGCCUCGAUUUCAAGUGUACAUUCUAAUGCAAGUAGUUUACAAGGGCCAACAGUUGAUGGAAACGAUGUAUCAUCAGCACAAAUGAUGGCUUCAUACAGCACUGAUGCUUCUGGAGAUUUGUCAAUGGGUCCACAGCCUUCUAGCUUGAUGGGCGCACUGAGGGGUUCUGAUUUCCCACCAAGAUUGGAGACGAGACCUCGAAAUCAAGCGAUUUGGCGCCGUCCUUCGGAUAGGUUUCUUCCAAGGAUUAUUUCUUCUCCCACCACAGAAACAAGAGCCGAUCUCUCCAGAGUUGAAGCCCAGGUUAGGAGCCUUGUGGAGGAGUUGAAGAGCACUUCAAUCCCUACACAACAGGAAGCAACAUAUCAAAUCAGGUUACUUGCCAAACACAACAUGGAUAAUCGAAUUAUCAUUGCAAAUUGUGGGGCCAUUGACUUGCUGGUUAGCCUUCUCCGCUCGACAGAUCUGAAUAUUCAGGAGCAUGCGGUUACUGCACUGCUCAACUUAUCGAUCAACGACAACAACAAAACCGCGAUCGCAAAUGCGGAGGCCAUUGAGCCUUUGAUACAUGUUCUGGAGACAGGUAAUCCCGAAGCAAAGGAGAAUUCAGCCGCCACUCUCUUUAGUCUAUCAGUGGUAGAGGAAAACAAAGUUAGGAUCGGUCGAUCCAGGGCGAUAAAGCCGUUAGUCGAUUUAUUGGGUAGUGGGACACCAAGGGGGAAAAGGGAUGCAGCUACGGCUCUUUUUAAUUUAUCCAUAUUUCAUGAAAACAAAGGAAGAAUUGUGCAGGCUGGGGCUGUGAAGCAUCUUAUGGAUUUAAUGGACCCGGCUGCUGGAAUGGUUGAUAAGGCGGUUGCUGUAUUGGCGAAUCUCUCUACAAUUCCCGAGGGUAGGACUGCGAUAGGUCAGGAGGGAGGGAUUCCAUUUCUUGUGGAGGUAGUGGAGUUGGGUUCUGCAAGAGCGAAAGAGAAUGCGGCUGCUGCUCUUCUUCAGCUUUGUACCAAUAGCAGUAGAUUUUGUAACAUGGUUCUACAGGAAGGAGCUGUUCCACCGCUAGUGGCAUUGUCACAGUCUGGCACUCCCCGAGCUAAAGAGAAGGCUCAGGCACUUCUCAGCUACUUCAGGAGCCAAAGGCAAGGCGGUGGCGUGGGGAGGGGAUGACAUAAUAUGGUAAUAAAAUGACUAUUCGGGAUCGAAUUUUUUAAGUUGCUUCCAAAUAUAUAUUGUAAAUGAACUAUUGCAAUUUUUUUCCAUGAUCUGUAAAGGGGGAGAAAAACUUACAAAGAGCAUCUAUUUAUAGGGAAAAAAAAGAAUUAGAAGAAGCUCAUCAUGCCUAAUUUCUCCCAGAUCAACAUUAUCUUAAUUAAUCUCUAUGGAGAGAUCAAUUUAUUAUUGUAUUUUAGAGUGUUUUGUAGGUUUGUUUUUACAGGAUUUUAUUUUGUUACCAAUGUAAGGAGUAACUGUUUAUGUGUUGUGUGCCUAUUGCCAAGAACUGUUCAAAUAUAAUUGGGACUGUCAUUCA